GUACUCAGACGGGCGCGACGCCCGACGAUGAGUCCUCCCUCCUGGCGCUCCUCCGCAACGUGGACAACAAACUUUUGAACGUGUGCGCCAGGGGCGACAUGCAGCAGCUGCAGACCCGUCUCGACGCCCACGACGAACACUUGGCCUCGCUCGAGACUCGCAUCGCGCAGAUCGAAGAUGGCACCUCCGAACAGAUCACCGCUGCAGUGGAAACUGCCAUUCCCGCGAAGCUCGAGGCUCGCCUUCAAGCCUGUGAACAUGCUGCCUCCACCGCCGCCCCACGUUCGCGCUCCAGCCCGUCUUCGGUCAAUUCCUUCACUACCGCUGGCAGUCUCAAGCGCCGCGCAGUUGGAAGCGGCCACCCGUUCCCGAUGACCGCCAACCAGGAGUCCGACAAGUGCCGCGUUUGGUUCGGUGGCUUCCCACGCCGUGUACUUGGGUCAGUGAUGCAGACCCAUGCGCAACUUGUACUUUCCCAACUUCCUGCCGUCUACUCCGUCGGCGCCGAGCUCGCCGCCAAGAACAUGCAGAUGAGUUGCUCCAUCCGUUUCUCCUCCUCCGAGAUCGCCAGCAACGCAGCGCAGCAGAUGAAGACCAACGGAGCUGAUUGGAUCGACCCCCGCGCCAAGGUCGCGAUCAACAUGCGCUGCCGCCUAGGCGCCAGUGCUGAAGUUCGCGCUCGUCGCAUGGCCCCCGGUCGCUGGUGGCAAGCUCUGCUCAACUACAUGACAGAGAACAACAUGUGGAAGGAAGGCUACCGUCUCGGCUGCAACGGGCCGCGCGGGAUUCUUUUCAUCCUCUUCGGUCAGGGCGAAGGCGAAGUGCUUGCCUCGCUCACCGACGUCGGCGAAGACAGUUACACCUUCGACAUGAAGUACGAGAGCCCCCAGUCCUUUGGCAUCGAUCGCGUCGUUGCCGACACG